UCUGAUUGUUCUUCCUAUAGUAGUUUUCUGUACAGAAAACAUUCUCUUGAAGAAGAUGAUGAGAUUGAGAACAAUGGAAGAAGAAGGCUUUGCCAUGUUGAAGAUGGUUAUUGUGAUAUUGAUGGUCAUGCUUGGUGCAGAUGCUGCAGAUAGAAAUGAUGUUUAUAGUCCAUGUUCUGAUGCUAAAGUUCAGAAAGGUGAUGGCUUUAGCUUUGGUGUUGCAUUCUCAAAUAAGGAGUCCUUCUUUCUGAAUCAAGGUCCACAGCUCUCACCGUGUGAUAGCCGCCUCAACCUUUCCGGCAAAGCUGCUCAACUUGCCGUGUUCCGGCCACAUGUUGAUCAGAUCUCUUUUCUUACCAUCAAUGGAAGCUCUUUUGAUCCGGCCAAGUCUGGUGGAUUCAUGGUAGCAUUUGCCGGACAUCAGUAUGCAGCAAUAUCUGCUCCAGUCAUGUUUUCAGACAACUCUCACACCAUUACUAGUUUCACUCUGAUUCUGGAGUUUAAGGAGGGAACUCUUCAGAAUCUGAUAUGGAAGAGCUUUGGGUGUGAAGGCUGUUCUGGGGAAAGCGUGUGCCUCAACAACCAAGACUGUGCAGUGACAGCUUCAAAGUGUCAAAACAACGGAGUGGGUGGCUGCAACAUUGGGAUUCAAUUGGCAUUCACAGGGACAGACAAGAACCUAAAUGUCCUCAAUUCUUGGUAUCAAGUCAGAAAACUCAGGCUCUAUUCUCUCCCUUCUCUCUUCUCUGAUCUUCCUGAUUCCAUCAUUUCCCCUUGACAAGUUUGUUCUGAUUUCUCAUCCUGUUUUUGUCCACACUUGUUGAUGUAUAUGAACUUGGAACAAAUUAUAACUCUUACUAUUCAAUCACGUA